AUGAUUCGGAAAGUAACCGUCGUCCUUCUGUAUUUGGUUGUGGUAAAUGCUGUUGACUUUGGAUCAGAUUUCAGUAGUUGUGAAGAUAGUUACGAAGGAGGAGGUAGUGGUGGAAACGGAGUUUUCGCAAGAACGAAUAUCGAAUACACUGACGCUGCAUCUGCUUGCUCCAAUGUAGACGCAGUUUUGUCCGGAAUUCAAAAUUCGGAAGAGAAAGAUUAUCUGGCAAGAAGUGCCAGUUCAAAUCUGGCGUCUUCAACGGGAUCCCUUUGGAUUGGAGCGAAAAGAACUGCUGCUUGUGCUAGAAGCAAAUUGACAGCUACUUGUUCAAAAACUACAUCUUUCUAUUGGACAGAUGGAGUGACCACUGGAACUGCUGGAUUCUCCUGGCUUGACGGAAGUCAACCGGAUAACGCUCUUGGAGGAAACCAAGACUGUCUUUCCUUCUUCUUCGCACCAUCCAAAACUGUCAUUGCACGUGUUAACUGGUUCCCUGGAGCAAUGGACGAUGUCAAUUGCGAUGCGAGCCAGUUCAAUUCAAUCCUACAGAGAAGAAUUCAAGGAUACGUUUGUGGAAAAGCUGCUACUUCUUAA